CACCUGGAAGUAAAGAACAAGCUGAUGGGUGGCAGGCACAGGGGGAAGCUUUGCCACUAAAGGAGGGAGAGACAAAGCGCUGACAGUUUUGAAAAUGUACUAGAAGCUCAAACCCAGUGCUUUAUGGAUUUUUUUUUUUAAUUUAUUCCUGCAACCAAAUUGGAAUAACUGGACAACUGCUUCUGCUUGUGACACACCGAUGAAUGGAACAGAAAUGACCCAUCUGAUGCUCUUUUCAUCGAUAUCUGCACAGACAGCCGAGUGUCAGAGAGCACAUUCCCAGAGCUGAAACCUACUUUGCUCUUAAAUAUGAUGAGUUUUUGUCGUGGUUUAAUUUAAAUUUAAAAAGAAAACAACAACAAAACCAAACACAAGUGCACCCGUUGCAGGAAUUCCGGCUUGUCGGCUAUUUUAGUUCGUGUUACUUUCACUAUUUUGCGAAAGGGGACAUAAAAAGGAAGGAAGGAGAGAGAAAGAACGACAGAGAAGGAGGGGAGAGAGACUUAUACAACUUGAGUUUCUUGGCAACUGCCAGUUGUUGUCAGAGGCAGCUGACAAGGAAGUGAAGAGCCAACAUGGUUCGGUGGUUCCAUAGAGGCAUCACAGGCCAGCAGGCCGAGGAAAUUCUGAAGACUCGAGGCAGUCAUGGCAGCUUCUUGGCUCGACCCAGCAAGAAGAAUGCGGGAGAUUUCUCUCUGUCUGUCAGGGUGGGUGAUUCGGUGACCCACAUCCGGAUCCAAAACACAGGAGAUUACUAUGACCUGUAUGGCGGAGAGACGUUUGCCACCCUGUCAGAGCUGGUGGAAUACUACACAGCAGAGAACGGCAUGCUGCAGGACAAGGAUGGCACCACCAUCGAUCUCAAAUACCCCGUCAACUGUUCCGACCCCACCACAGAGAGGUGGUACCAUGGCCACCUGCCUGGGCCAAAUGCAGAGAAGCUCCUCGUUACACGAGACGAGCCGGGGACCUUCCUGGUCAGAGAGUCACUGUCCAAACCUGGAGACUUUGUCCUGUCUGUUCUGACAGACGAGAGAAGCAAAACAGGGGGGAAAAGGGUCACCCACAUCAUUAUAAUGUGCCAGAAUGACAGGUAUACCGUGGGAGGUUCAAAGAUGUUUGAUACACUGACAGACCUGGUGGAUUACUUCAAAAGCAAAGGCAUCGAGGAGGUCUCUGGGAACUGGGUGCAUCUCAAACAGCCAUUUUACUCCACCAGAGUGAAUGCAGCAGACAUCGAGAGCAGAGUGAAACAGCUGGAUCAGAAAACACAAAAGCAGCAGGAGGGUGAAGAAGCGAAGAGCAAGGCGGGCUUCUGGGAGGAAUUUGAUGCUCUACAAAAGUUGGAUGGCAAGGUGAAAAAGGGCAGAGAGGAGGGUCAAAGACCUGAGAAUAAGCACAAAAACAGAUACAAGAACAUUCUUCCUUACGACGACACCAGGGUCGUCCUGCAGGACGCUGAUCCCAGUGUUGUGGGUUCAGAUUACAUCAACGCCAACUACGUGAGCAACUUCCUGUGGGAGUCUGGAGGUCAGAAAGUUUACAUCGCCGCCCAGGGGUGCCUAGAAAAAACUGUCAGUGAUUUCUGGCAGAUGGUGUGGCAGGAGAACACAAGAGUGAUCGUCAUGACGACAAGAGAGGUUGAGAAAGGGCGGAAUAAAUGUUUUCCAUACUGGCCUGAGCUUGAUAGCUUCAAGGAGGUGGGGCCCUACGUGGUGACCUGUAAAUCAGACAGAGAAGCUGCUGAUUAUAAAGUCCGAGUUUUGGAGAUUGCUCCUGUAAACCAGUCGGAAAACUCUCGUGAAGUCUGGCACUACCAGUACCUCAGCUGGCCCGACCAUGGUGUCCCUCAGGAGCCAGGUGGCGUGCUCAGUUUCCUCACCCAAGUGAACGCUAAACAGGCUGAAUAUCAUGGUGCUGGGCCCAUGAUCAUCCACUGCAGUGCUGGGAUUGGUCGGACAGGCACGAUUGUGGUGAUUGAUAUGAUCAUUGACCUCAUUGACACUCUAGGUGUGGACUGUGAUAUUGACAUCACGAAAUACAUCCAGAUGGUACGAGAGCAGCGCUCUGGUAUGGUGCAGACAGAAGCCCAAUAUAAGUUCAUCUACCUAGCUGUGUCUGACCACAUACAGGCCACCAAAGUCAAAGACAACGCCUCCAUGCAAACUGAAACUGAGUAUGGAAAUCUGCAACUCAAACAUCAACCAGCGAGCAGGAAGCCCUCAAAAAAGGACGUUUACGAGAAUCUGUCAAAAGGAAAGAAAGAUGCGAAGAAGAUGAAGUCGGACAAGAAAAGUGGCUCAGUGAAGAAAAGAUAGAAGAGACUGAAAAGUUCUAUCACAGCAUGUCAAGUUGUUAUAUUUAUGCAGCACUAUUUUGUUAAUUUGUUUUUAGUUUUUAGUGGAAACGUUAUACAAAUUCAAAACAGGGACAACAGUUUGGCAUCUCAUAUGUCACAUGCUUGGUUGAUGCGUUUGUUUAAAGCCCCUCUAACUUUCACCUUCGAACCCUUAACCUGUUAGAGUGAAUGAGAAUCAAAACAAACUCAGGAGGUACCUCCUCCUCUUCUCCCUCCGCUCAUCCUUGCCCCUCCUGGCAUUGCAGCAACAAGCUCCUUUUUCCUGCCUAAAACAGUAAAACAAGUAAAUUAUACAAAGGUAUGGUUUUUCCCCGUAAUACUUAUACAGUACUAAUGUUCCAGCCAGUAUCGACUGCAUUCAGUGUUACAUAUUUUACACACAUAACGUUAUAAGGUAACCAUGAGUUAUAUGUGAAAUUACAUGAUCUGCUUUGAUAGUUCAACAAACUCCACUUUUCUAGUGCUGAUGGCAUAAAUUUUAACAUCUCACUAAAAUUCAGUUUAAUUAAAUGUAGUUGCAUUUGUAUAGUGCUGAAUUAUAACAAAAGUUGUCUCAGGACACUUUACAAAGUCAGAUCUAGUUAAUAAUAAUAUUAUUAUUAUUGUAGAGGAAAAACU